AUGCCGAAGGUUAGAAACCCGGCCUGGCAGGUUCGGGAACUCCUCUACAAAGCCCAAUCACUGUGGCCAGAACUUACACAGGCAGCAGACGCAAUCCUUUCAGGAGACGUUCCUCAGGAGCCGAGCCCGGAGAUGGUUGCCGCCGUCCGCAAGACCCUGAUACAGAUGUUGGGCGGGUCAAUCGAACAAAGGACGAGGACGGCGAGAGCCACCACUCCCAUACAAGCCAGUGUCAUCGAAGCUUGGGGGCAAGCGGUCGGAGAUCCAGACUCAGGCACCCUCGCUCGCUGGUUGGAUCACGGCGCACCACUGGGAUUCUCUCAAAGAAUCGAAACUACGGGAAUAUUCCCGAUCAUCGAAGACACCUCGGGCGGCACAGAGGAGAUACAUUCCAUCGUACGCCCUCUCACCAAUUGGGAGAACUACAAGUCAGCAGUGGAAGAAAGAGAAGAUCUUAACCAGCUCAUCGAGGAUUACACUGCCCGCGGUUUCUGCCACAAGGUGAAGACCAUGGAGGAGGCAAAAGCAGAAUUGGGCAGGGAACCAAUCCUCAACCGCCUGGGAGUCGUGGUAAAAUUUUCUGCCUCAGGAAAGAAGAAAUCCAGAAUCAUAUGGGACUUGCGAGAGAGCAAGGCCAACAGCUUCUGCCAUCCUGCAGAGCGGGUGCUCCUUCCGAAGCUACUUGAUGUAGCGGAGAGCGCCCUUCGGAGCCAUCGGAAAGGAGCACAAGUAUGGCUUGCCGCGGUGGACAUCAGGGACGCCUUCAUGAACGUUCCAGCAGGGGACGACAAAUACAUGACGGUCGCAUCCAAGGAAGACGGCAAAGGGAACCAGGAGCUCAUCAUUUUUGACGUGCUGGUAUUUGGAUCAGGAAGUUCUCCGACGAUUUGGGGUCGCUACGCAGCAUGGCUGGGCAGAUCAUCAGCAGCCAUAUCCCCGUCGUCUGGAAUCCAGAUCUACGUCGACGAUCCGUCAGUAGUCAUGGAAGGCCCCAAGAGCGAGGCCAUCCGGGAACUGACCAACAUCCUCUUAUGGUUCAACAUCGCGGGCUUCCCGGUCAAGCUGGAGAAGGCAGAAGGCGGAAAGAAAAUAUCUUGGGUUGGCGCCACCAUCGAAGUUUCGGACCAGCAAAGGGAGGUGACCAUCACGAUCCCCAAAGACAAAGUGGAGAAACUUCAAGCGACCACCCAAGAAUUCCUACGAAGACCGGUGGCUGGUCACAAACAGAUCAGGUCGUACGCAGGCAGCCUCUCGUUCAUCGCCGGCCUGAUACCGCACUUGCGGCCCUUCUUAGCCUCGCUCUGGGCGGUGCUGUCGGUGGGGAAAUCAAUGAAUGACGGAGCCGGCACCCGGCGUUCCGGAAAGUUGAUCCACACCAGGCGAAUCCGCCCGGCAUUGCGAUGGAUGGAAGCGCUGCUGCGAGGGAGCCCCGCUCCUCUGGCGAGGACACUCAGCGCCUUCUACAGCGAUAUCAAGGCCACCAUCACCACGGACGCCUCACCGUGGGGAAUUGGAGGAGUGCUCAAGAUCAACGACAAGGCCGUGGAGUGCUUUUCGUCUCCUAUUCCCCAAGGAGUGCUGGAGAAGUUCAAGGCCCAAAUUGGCAACUCGAAAUUCAAUACCCUGUGGGAAGGGCUAGCGCUGCUGGUGGCAUUCCGUCUCUGGUUACAAAAGCUUGAGUACGGAGCCCAAGUCAGAGCACGCUCGGACAACAUGGGUGUUUUGUACACUAUAGUAGGAGGUAGAGCUAAGUCAGCCGACCUCAAUGUUCUAGCACGUGAGUUUUCUUUGGAUCAGGCAUUGCGUCUGUACAGAAUCUCGUGGCUCUCGCACAUUCCGGGUGUUACAAACCUGGAGGCGGACGCCUUAUCCAGACGUUUUGCACCGGUCCCAGCAGAGUGGCCAGAGUCGUUGGUAGGUGUUCCCUUGGUGCCAGUCCGAAUCAAUGAGGACUUCUGGCGCAUCCAGGAACAUAACCUGCUCAAGAGGAACCUUGGUGACCGUCCUUGGGAAAGACCGCAACAGCCGGUCGCAAAGCCCAGACCGUCACCAGUCCUCCACGAAGGGUUCGCCCUGCGCAUUCCUCCUCGGAGCGUCGGCAAUGAUGUCUUGGUCGCCAACCCUCAUCACGAGGUUUCCCGUUUGGAACCACCACUGGUUUCAAAGGGAGGCGAUCCGAGACCAUAUACCAGAGGAUCAGCAUCCCUGGCUAUGUCAGCCAUAUCAGACAUUCGAAGGUGUCAGGCACAUCUUCGAGAAGGCAUGACAGCAGCCACCACGAAGGGGCCUACUGAAUCUCGGAGGGCCCUUUGGGAAAGCUUGGCAGCAAAAGCGGGUUUCAGGGACCCGUUCGCGUUGGAACCAGACAUGAUAUUCACAAUCAUGGGAGCUUUAGAUUUGGCUGGUUAUCGAUCGUCCGAACUAUAUUUGGACGCGGCCAAGUCCAUCCACAUCGCUUCCGGAUUGCCAUGGACCCAACAACUCCAACAAGCGGCCCGAGCCGCGAUCAGAAGUUGCAAAAGAUCCUGGGGAGCUCCGAAACAAGCUGCAGGCCUACCUCUGGACCAGAUUGACCAGAUACUGGAACACCAACCUCUAUGUCAAGGAGGACCACAGCACCCAGGCAGGUCAACGCUGCUGGCAUCUUGGUGGCUUUUAAGGGAAAUCGAAGCAUCUCGUGCCAGGAGAAGCCACGUUUCCUUCAACCACGAGAUGAGAAAGGUCACCUGGAGACUCCCGAGCUCCAAAACAGACCAAGCAGCCCUAGGUGCCGAAAGGUCACAUACGUGCAGCUGCGAAUUCUCAAAGAAAACAAUCUGCCCUUAUCACAUCAUGAUAGAGCACCUCCGAGACAUCAACAACCCGGAGGACUACGUCUUCCAAGACUCACAGGGCGCCAAAACAUCAAAGACAGGAUGGGCAGAUACAUUUCAAGAAAUCGCAAAGAAGCUGAAUCUCAACACAACACAUCAGAACGGAGCAAGGGCCUAUACAGGCCACUCGGCACGAGUGACGGGCGCGAGGCAUCUCGCGAUGUCAAACGUGGAACUAUGGCGAAUCCAGCUAUUUGGGCGUUGGGGUAGCGACGUCUUCCUCCACUACGUGCAAGACACCCCUCUUGCUCAGCUUCAGAACCUGGCACAAGAGUCCUCAGCACAACUGUCUAUCCAGGUGGCAAAACAGGAGCUAUCAGCUCUUAUCUUGCAAGCCCAAUCGGCCAAGCAAACCCUUGCCAUACCGGAUCAAGACAUGCUCCAAGACUGUGAAGCUGCUGCGGAUCUUCUCCCUAUCCCCGUUUCCGCUUCGGAGUUUAUACAAAACACGAACGGAGGGGGCAAGCUUCACAGGAUCUUGGACAAGGACGUCAAUCAACAUCCCAGAUCCUGGCGUACACGCUGCGGAUGGCGCUUUGGGAGAGAGACAACGGAGCACAAGUAUUUCUCCGCGGAGGAGGGUGAGUUGGCGUUGGUCGGAAUGUCAAAAGGCACAAACUCUGCAGGCACUGAUUUCCUUUUCCGCCCAGUCCCACCCUACAUUAGGGCACAAACUCUGCAGGCUCUCGCGGAAGCCUUGAAGACCAAUAGCUCCGUGCGGGACAUGAAUUUGGAAUGUAACAAGAUUGGUCCCGAGGGAGCUCAGUCUCUUUACUCAUUUUACUUGUUGCAGUUGCUGACCCGGAUCUUUGAUGUCUUGUGUUUCUUUCAGGCUCUCGCGGAAGCCUUGAAGACCAAUAGCUCCGUGCGGGACAUGAAUUUGGAAUGUAACAAGAUUGGUCCCGAGGGAGCUCAGGCCCGGCCUGUUUCGGAUGUCUGGGGCUCUUUGGCUUCAACGUAA